AACAUAAAUACAAAAUCUUAAGGGAAAAUCUUUGAAAAUAAGCUAGCUCUCAACUCACAAGUUGUGGCCAACAUCAAAUUGCCUACAUACAAACACACUCCUCUUCUUUGUCUCUCACUCAAUUUUACAACGAAUUGCCAGUCCAUCUCUCUCCAUUCAACCUCACCUCCUUCUUCCCGGCAAAGAAACCCAUCUUCUUCAUGUCAACAUUCAAGAAACAAACUUAGUAUUAUUGCCUGCAAAUAUACUAAAGUAUAUGUAAACCAUCAUAUACUCUAAAACCCUACCAUAUAUCCAUCACGCCAAAACCUUAUUAUAUCAUAAACUUCAGAAACGUUAUUAUAUACUAGUACACUACUUGUUUUUCCCUAAACCUGCCUAUCUUUCUUCCUAGGGUAAGUUCGUGGCCGAGUGAGGCUUUGUAAUGCUUGCAGUAUCACCCCUAAGCACCACCAAAGAUGGCAACAACAAAGGAGAUGCGAUGGAGGCAAAUUUCACGGUGGGAAGCGACGAUUUCCCGGACUUCUCCGGUGCGAAUUUACUCGACAGCAUCGAUUUCGAUGAGCUAUUCAUGGGCAUGCAUGAUGGUGAUAUGUUGCCGGACCUUGAAAUGGAUCCGGAGCUCUUGGCGGAGUUCUCCAUUAGUGGUGGAGAAGAGUCAUCAGAAGCUAAUAAUUCAUCAACUAUGUCCGUUGAUAACAUUAUUAGUCCUACUAAUGAUGGGCACUUAACAUUAUUAGAGACUAAUGAUGUUAUUAGCGAUGUACUUGAGAAAGAGUUUAUGGAAAAACAUGGUUUGAUGUUGGUCAAGUUACCUGAGGAGGAGAUCCAAAGUAAGAAGGAUGUAAAAUCGUCUAAGGAGAGUGAUAAAGUGAAGAAAUCAUCAUCCAAUUCAAAAUCCGGGGCUAACAAUAAUAACAGCAACAACAAUCAUGGAAAGCGAAAAACUAAGGUGGAUUGGACACCGGAGCUUCACAGGAGGUUCGUGCAAGCGGUGGAGCAGCUAGGAGUGGAUAAGGCAGUCCCAUCAAGAAUUUUAGAGCUUAUGGGAAUUGACUGUCUUACUCGCCAUAACAUCGCUAGCCAUCUCCAGAAGUAUAGAUCACAUAGAAAACAUUUACUAGCUAGGGAGGCGGAGGCUGCAAGUUGGACCCAAAAACGGCAAAUGUACGGUGUUGCAAUGGGAGGCAGCAAAGGUGGUGCCAACAUUAGCCCAUGGUAUCUCCCUACAAUGGGAUUCCCUCCAAUUACAACCAUGCACCCCCCUUUUAGGCCACUACAUGUAUGGGGUCAUCCAACCAUGGAUCCUCAAGCUAGGAUGCCUAUGUGGCCCAAACAAGUUGUUCCUUCCGCCGCUCCGCUACCACCUGGGUGGGCCCCUCCUCCACCACAUCCGCCACCGGCUGAUCCAUCAUUUUGGCACUCAUCCCACCAGCGUCAGAGAGUGGCUACAGCACCAGUUCGAGGGAUUCCACCCCAAACCAUGUACAGACCAGAUCAACGUGGCGUUCCCCCUCACCCACCACCAGCACCAGCACCGCAAUCUGGGUCCCACCCUUCCUUUGAGCUUCAUCCGUCUAAGGAGAGUAUAGAUGCGGCCCUUGGUGACGUUUUAGCUAAACCAUGGCUGCCACUUCCCAUAGGGUUGAAACCUCCAUCGAUGGAUUGUGUUCUGGUGGAGCUACAACGUCAAGGUGUUCCAAAGAUACCACCUUCUUGUGCUUGACACAUACAAAUGCAAGACCUUCCUUUUUUUGUAUGGAAUGUAUGAAGGUGUUUUCAAGCUCCCCAAAAAAAACUCAAAGAAAAUUACCCCCCCAAUUUGACGACAUAUCUUGCUUUUAGAUGAGACCCAUCUUGUAGCACAUGCUCCCCUUUUUGCAUCUUCUCUCAGUUGUCACUCUCUAUGAGGCGUCUAGAUCUAAUUUAUACGUGCAGCUGAUUUAAAUUGUGUGUAACAAUAACAUGUUAUUUGUAGCUUCUCCAUUGUAUGAGUAUUACUAUUUGUGAAUAAAUUUUGAUAUAUCAAGAAUUAAUAGAGGUAUCUCUUCUUCCUCGACCA